GACUAUGGUGCUGAACAUUCAAAGCUCCUCCCCCUCAAUGACACGCAUUCUGCUUGCGAGCUGUUACCUUCCAUGAGACUAAACACUUCUUUUAUUGCUGGUGACGGGUCAGGAAAUUUCAACCACAGAAACCUCUUCCUGUCCCCUCUUAACAUUAAGUGGUGGGACAUGACAAGCAGGGUCCUUUACUAAUGAUGUCAACACCGAUGACUAAGGCUUGGAAGACAUGGAGUGACUUUCUGAUCACUUCUGACAGGUCCCCAAAGCUGGAAACCUGUUAAUGACAGUAAAUUAUGUCUCUAAAAUUAUUCAGAAGAAUUCUUGCAUUCCGACCCCUUCAGUAGUGACCACAAGAAACAGUACUGGGUGGACAGAGUCAAACAAUGUCAGAGUCGGGAGCCACACUAAACAUCAGUGAUAACUCAAAUGAAGACGGUGAGCAGCAGGAUCUCCAACCACGGCCGAGGACAAGUGUGGAGAGCAAAGAAUCAAGCUGUGGAGAAAUAGCUAUGCUGGAAAAGACGGAAGAGUUCUUCCAGAUCUGUGACAGGGAGGGAAAGGGCUUCAUCACAAGCACUGACAUGAGGCGGCUACACCAACAAUUGCCACUAACGGCCGAUGAGCUCGAGAAUGUUUUUGACUCGCUAGACCUUGACAAAAAUGGCUGUCUCACCCUGGGAGAGUUCUCGUCUGGAUUCUGUAAAUUUCUUCAUGGACGGAGGAUCUCAGUGACGGAGGAUCUAAUUCUCUCUCCCUCUCAGAAUGUGUCUGGUGAUCUUCAUCAGAGCCAGUGGGAUGAAUUCGAAUCAGGAAAUGAAGAUGAGGAGGAGAGGCAUUUCAGCAUGUUAAUGGACUGCAAUGUCUUUGAGGACCCAAGUGAGGUCCGCAGUUUAUGGACUCAGCUCAGGAAAGAUGAACCUCACCUCUUGUCCAACUUUGAGGAGUUUCUGGCUCGUGUCACAUAUCAAAUCAAAGAGGCACAACAAGAGAGGAAGGAGAUUGAGGGCGUGCUUAAGAGGAAUGCAGCCACACAUGACAAUGAAAUCUGUAGAUUGUAUGAGGAAAUGGAACAGCAGAUUAAUAAUGAGAAAGACAAGCGGAUUCUGAAGGAUUCUGAAAGUCUGCACCUGCGCAGCCACGACCUCCAACAGCAGCUUCGCAGUAAAGAACAGGACCUGGAGCAACUUUUUCAGAAACAAAGGAGGCUGGAAGGACAAUGCCGUGAGCUUCACAGUGAGCACCAGGAGAGCCGUCUGGAGAACGUCAAACUGAAAUUGACCAAUGACGAGCUGUCUCAUGAGCUGGCGCACACCUGCCAGGAGCUGAUGUUGGCGCAGGAGCAGCUGGGAGUUCUGCAGGGGCAGGCAUCUCGACUACAGCAGGAGAAAGAGAUGGAGAUGUACAGAAUUACAGAAGGACUGCAGAGAGAAAAAGAAAGUUUGAUGAAACAGUUAGAUCUGCUCAGAGAAAUGAAUAAGCAUUUAAGAGAUGAGCGAGAUAUUAACUUUCUGAAACGCAGCAAUUCGAUGAAGAAAUCCUCACAAAGGCCGAGCAUAACCUCAAUAAAAUACAGUGAGAGAAAAUCAUCAGUCAAAAAAGAAGUUGACACAGAGGAAGUUACUCAUCGCUCUAACAGGAAGUCUGUAGCACACGGACGCUACACCCCCUUCACCACAGGGGAUGAUGGGAAGGUUGAGGUGGACUGGCGACCGGACAAGGUGCCUGGGGACACAGAAGGUGAAAAUGUUGGGGUGGAUGAGGAGGAUACGCCCCCAGAUGGUUGGCCUCUCCGAAGGGUCAUAUCCAUCGAGGAGGACCCCCUGCCCAACCUGCUGCAAGGAGACACCAACCUUCUGCUCCAUCAGUUGAGUGAGGAAGAUGAGGAGUCGGGCCGAGAGGAGGAAGGUCAGGCCGAUCUACAUAUGAGCUCCAGUGCAUCUCUGGCUUCUGCUGAUCCUCCACCACCAGUGAUGGUGAAGAAGCACUCCAAGAAGAGAGGAAACAUGCCCUAUUCUGCAAGGGGUCAACCUGUCGGCAAAGAAACCCUCCGGCAGACUCCUGCAGAAGUUGCAGCUGCGACCCCUCAACGUCUCUUUAAAUUGAUUCUGGUGGGAAAUUCUAACGUGGGUAAAACAGCUCUGCUGCGACGCUUCUGUGACGGACAUUUCCACUCAGAAACCUCAGCCACAGUGGGUAUUGACUACAGUGUACGGACAUUGAAUUUAGGAGACUGUCACGUGGCUUUGCAGUUAUGGGACACUGCAGGCCAGGAGAGAUUCCGGAGCAUUACCAAGCAGUUUUUCCGCAAGGCCGACGGUGUGGUGAUCAUUUAUGACAUCACAGCGGAAGAUAGUUUCAGGUCAGUGCAGGCCUGGUUGGCCAGUAUACAAGAGGCGGUAAGCGACCCUAUUCCCAUCAUGCUCCUCGGCAACAAAUCGGACAAGGAUGAUGAGAGGGAGGUGCAGCUGAAGGAGGCAGAGAUGCUAGCUCAGGGAACGCGUCUGAUGUUCAGCGAAUGCAGUGCAUAUACUGGAGAUAAUGUGGUUGAGGCCAUGACACAUCUGGCCAAAGUCUUGAGAGAACAGGAGGACAAGGCUUGGGUCAACACCGUCAGACUUGUGAAUCAGCCAGUAAAGAAGAAAAGUUGCUGCUAGUGACCAAACAUACACUCACACACACCUCUGGAUACCUACUGCUCAUGAUCUGGAGGAAAUACCAUAAACAUCUCAUCUUGUCUAAAUUUUGUAAAUAACUCACGGUCAGUUUAAGAGGCUGAGAGAGGAAAUUCACCUAUACACAAAGGUUUAAAGGUCUAAUUUUCAAAAAGCAUUAUUUAUCUGUUAUGCCCUUCAUGUAUAUAGAACGAUUAUUGUAGAGUAUCAGGACAUGUUGCCAAACCUCGAUAAUAAUAAUCUUUGUACCUGAUCCCAAUUACUCUGUCUAAUGGAGAACAUGUGUUCAAUGAAGCUUUAUAUUUCAGUGACUCUAUAAAUACAGAGAAAUGGGGUUCAUUUGUUUACUACCACAACUAGGUGAGUGAAAAAAAUGAAUUGACCAAAAAUAUGUUUUUUUUCUGUUUAUUUAGCAUUCCCAUUGCCUCAUACAACUCUUCUAAAAUAUUCCUCACCUUAAACUGUUUAUUUCAAUCAGUAAAUAUUUGCACAGUCAGUUCAAUUGAUAAAUCUCUUGUGGCGAGAACAUUGGCUGGUUGGUGGUAAACAUCAAGCCAGUUUCAUUGUCUUCAAUUGCUCCGCAACUUCAAGUGCAACUAUUUUGCUGCUUUGAGCUGGUUGUUUGUGACGAUAACCUAAUCGUUUAACAGGAAAACUUAACCAAUGAUGCGCCAAGCUAAACUCUUAAUAUUACUAAAACUAUUAUUUUUACAUCCUGCUAUAGAUAAGAAUGAUUUAAAAUAGUUUAGCUGCUCUCUGUAAAUCUUCAACAAAAAAUGAAUAAAUUAAAUAAAUAAAGAAUGAAGAAUAGAAGACA